AUGAAUGAGAGCGUUGUAACUGAGUUCGUGAUCCUGGGCCUCACUCAAAACCCUGAACUACAGCAAGUUCUCUUCAUUGUCUUUCUUUUCGUCUACCUUGUGGCUUUUCUUGGCAACGCGCUGAUUGUCAUUGCCAUAAUCUCCAACACCACCUUGCACACGCCCAUGUACCUCCUCCUCCUGGCUCUGGCCGUCGUGGACGUCAUCUGCACAACAAGUGUAAUACCAAAAAUGCUUGAGACCAUGCUCACCUCAAGAAAGACCAUGUCAUAUGGAGGCUACAUGUCCCAACUCUUCUUCUUCACAUGGUCCCUGGGUGCCGAGAUGGUUCUCUUCACCGCCAUGGCCUAUGACCGCUACGUGGCCAUCUGCUUCCCUCUUCGCUACAGUGCUAUUAUGAACCACCAGAUGUGCGCGGCCUUGCUCAGCACUGUCAUGGUUAUUGCUGUAACCAAUUCCUGGGGGCACACAGGUCUCAUCCUGAGGCUGACCUUCUGUGGAUCAAAUACCAUUGACCACUUCUUCUGUGAGAUACCCCCGCUGCUGGCUUUGUCCUGCAGCCCCGUGAGAACCAAUGAAGGGAUGGUGUAUGUUGCUGAGCUCACUCUGGCUGUGGGCGACUUCACCCUCACCUGCGUCUCCUACGGUUUCAUCAUCGUCGCCAUUCUUCACAUUCGCACAACGGAAGGCAAGAGAAAAGCCUUCUCAACAUGCUCAUCCCACCUCAUACUGGUGUCUCUUUUCUACUCCCCUGUCAUCUACACCUAUAUUCGCCCUGCUUCCAGCUACACAUUUGAAAGGGACAAGGUGGUAGCUGCGCUCUAUGCCCUCAUGACC